UUAUACUGAGGUCUACACAUGACGUCAUCUUCGUGAGAAAUGGCGGCAGAAAUUUUAUGCAUGUCACGUGACCUUUCUGCUUUGUGAGCCCAUUUUCCAGAUUUUGUAUUUUGUACAUACGUUGUUUUGUAUAUACUGUAUAUGAUGAGUGCGGUGGGGACACGUGGUUCCCGAGGAGGCCAUCGGGAUCGAGCUUCCUCGGCCAAGACACAGACACAGCCCGGCGGCAAGGGAGCUCAAGGGCCGCAGCCUGAGCGGCUGCCCAAACAGCCCCAGGCCACAUCAGAGCAGAUGCGGAUUGCCCAGAUGAUCUCAGACACAAGCACAGAGGACCCCCAGUGGCAGGAGAAAAUCCAGCAGGUCCGUGAUGUGAGGCAGAGGGUUGGACGAGGCAACAGUUGCGCUCCAUGAUUGUGAUGGGGAUGCCAACCGCGCCAUCAACAUGCUGCUGGAGGGAGAGCAGGACCAAGGAGAGUGGGAGACUGCAGGCAAGAAAAAGAGCCGUGGAGCUCCGUCCACACAGCGCGGGAUUGACUCUGGGCCCCCUGGGAAGGAGAACAGAGAGGAGUACCGGCGAGGGCGGAACCGUGACGACCGGGACAGAGAGGGGAGCUCCAGCCGAGGUCGGGGACCGCCACGCAUGUCACGCGGCGGCGGCCGGGGAGGAUCCCGUCCAAGAGAGAACGGCAUGGCGGAAGACAAGGAGGGCAGCAGAGACAGAGGCGGGCGAGGGCGUGGUGACAGGCGUAACCGUGGUGACAGGGACGGAGACAGGCGACCGGGCAGGUUUGGUCACAUGAACGGCCCGUCCCGACCAGGCAGAGGGGGGUUCGGGAGGCCCAGACAUGACGGACCAAAGAUCGGUACGUUUAAUCCUGAUGAGAUCAAGACAGAGAAGACAUCGGACAUCUGGCCCAACACUGAGUCAGGUACAUGGAACCCGGAUCAGAUCGAGACACAGGAGGACUGGGGAGCUGAUGGAGACUGGACCGGAGAUCUGUCAGAGAGUAAGGUGUUCACACCCAGCGCACCUGUGGCCAACCCUGAGCCCAUCAGAUCCACGCCGUACCAGGGAGAGAGAAUCGACCUGGCGAAGCUGUUGAACCCCAAUGGCGGCUCGGCGGGCGCUGCAGAGACGAACGGCCCGCAGUCGUACGGUCCGAUGGGCGACAACAUGAGCAAACUGGGGGCGGCGCCGCCCCAGGGUCUACAUCAGGUAGAUUUCCUUCGUCAGUUACAGCAGGGGUCCAGCUCGCUGGGGAUGACGUCCCUUGGUACAUCUCUGGGUACCUCCAUUGGGAGUUCCUUACCAUCAAUGACAUUCGCACAGCAGCAGAACCAGGCUCCUGACCAACAGACGAGACCCAACCAGCUCCCCCCCAGUCUCCAGCAGGUGAUCCAGCCCCCCUCGUCUGCGGCACCCGGCAACGCGCAGCCCCCUGUGCAGCCCCCUUUGUCGUCUGUCCCGGCGGCGCUGUCGUCUGUUCCCCAGCCGCUCUCGUCGGCGCAGGUGGGGCCCAGGCAAGCCAAGCCGCCCAGGCGGAAGAUGCCACCCCCAUCCAAGGUGGGCAAGUCCGCUAUCCCAGAGUCAGCGGUGGAGAUGCCGGGAGGUUCCAUGUACUCAGUGGACAGUCUGGACAUCCAGUUCGGCGCCAUGGACUUUGGCUCUGAGUCAACGACCUCCACCGCGCUGGACUUCGGGUUCGGUACGGAUGGGACGAGCAGUUUGCUGGGAACGUCAACUCUGGGGGUGUCGACGUCGGGAGGGAGUAGACUAACCGCCACGAAUACAGAUACAACGUAUGGGUCAGGGUUCACAGGGUCAGGGGUCAACGAGCAGUCGCUGCAGUCCAUCAUGUCCACGGGCGCCACGACGACGACCCAGACGACACAGCCGUCAGUCGAGACGCCGUCUCCGAGAUCAGCGUACCAAUCUCCGCACCACACCCCGCAGAAGGACACAUCUAAAGGCAUUCAGGUUACGGGUCCAGAACCAAUCCCCUUCCCGUCAUCACAGAUGGAGGGGAAGGCAGGCCCCCUGGUGGGGUCACAGAGGUCACAGCCCAGUGGCAUGGAUGCUCUGGGCUCCAACAAGAGUGAGCCGUCCCUGUCGUCCCUGCCUCCACCUCCAGGGGUCGCCACCUCGGCCUCCCAGCUGUCCUCACACCAGGCUGUCUCAUCUGGCCUCUCAGGCUCGUCGUACGCGGCACACUCCACCACCACCCACUCGUCAGGUCACCACAGCUACAGGGACACCAGCGGCAGUCACACCAACUCCAUCCAGGGCUCAGCCAUCUCCUCCACCAAACUGGGCUCCGGGCUCAAGGACUCCUCAGCCUACGACUCACAACUCUCCUCCAAUCAGCCUUCGCUGGAUCACAUGAGCCACUCGAUGGCGGGAAGUCACACCACCGGCGGCACAAGCACCUCGGUACAGAGCAGCACGGUCCAGUCCACGGGAUCCGCCGGCCUCACGUCCGCCCUCGGGCUCUCCACGACAGGCUCCGUCACCUCAACAACCGCACCGUCGCUCAAGGGGUCACUAGGCACCACAGGUAAAGCCCCUCCGAACCUCCCGCCCGGCGUUGGCCUCCUGCACAACCAGUAUCUCAUCGGGCCCGGCACCGCCGGCAUGCUUCCAGCUUACCAUCAGCCCAUCUACAGUUUUGAGGACAUGCAGGUGUUGCAGUCCAGGAUGCCCAUGGCGGGUUACGCGUACGAUAUGCAGUUUCAGCCGCCCACGACGUUGACAGGGAGGGACGGGACACUGCCAGCGUACUCAGGCACAGAUUCCAAGUUCACGCGAGGUGAAGCGUCGUCCCCGAUUCCCUCCUCGGUUGCGGGGCAGCAGCAGCAGCAGCAGAGCACGCACCACGGGCAGACGCAGGCGUUCCUGAACCCCGCGGCCGGGAUCCCGCCAGGGUACAACUACUCCAUGCCAUUUUACCACGGUGUGGCAGGCAUCGCGCCCACGGGAUUCAACUAUCCACCCGCCAUGUUUAUGGCACCAGCAACAAAGCAGCAUGGAGCGGGGACUGCCACGACACAGUUCCAGCAACCAGGCGGCUACGGGCAACCAGGCACGCAUGGUUAUGGAACAGGUUACGAUGACCUGACACAGACCCAGGACUUCACCAAGAGUGGUUACCCCUCCGGCACACAGACUGGCUCCAAGGGAACAGUCGGGUCCACGGGCAAGGGAUCGGUAAGUUCCGGCACGUCUGCGGGUUCAGACCUCAACAUGUAUGGCAAGACUCACCAGUCGUUUGAUAAGCAGGGAUUCCCCGCCGACCCCCCUCCGUUCAACCUGCCGCUGGCUACAGGUGGCCAGGGGGGCCCCCUGAACCCUGCGGCUGCCACCGGCUACCCCCACACGGCGUUCAUGACUCCCAUGAUGCCUCACCACACGCAGCACCACUCGCAGAUCCCGCACCACCUACUGCAGCAGGACGGACAGGGAGGGACAAGCCAGCGGUCUCAGCCCAGCGGCUCGCAGCCCAAAGGCCCCAGCUCCAAGUCUGCCUACGGCUCAACCUACUGGGGGGCCAACUAGCCCUUGUACAUGUCCUUCAAUGAACCCCCUUCUCCGUGGGUUUUUGGUGGGGGGUGUCUGUGAACAUUCUGUCCCUUCUGCAUGAAUCCGGAGCUGUAGUAGUGCCCCCUUGCAUGGUUCUCGUGCAUAACAGAGCAACUUAGAGUUCAGUAUUCCUUCACGAUAGCUUGUGACGUUGUGUGUGUCCCUUUGGGUGGGGGGAGGGGAUAAGGAUCAAUGUUUCCGUAUAUAAUGACAACAAAACAGUGGCAACUAGUGCUGCCCAGUGUAUGUAAUGUACAUGUGUAUGAAUCCUCAUUUUUAUGUUCUGUAUAGAGACUUGAUAAAACUUCAUAGUUAGAUUGAGAGAGAUGAGAAAAAAAGACAUUCUUCAGAAUUACAAAUUGCUGCCACAGACUAUGGAUUUUUGUCUUUCUAUGAUGUGGUGUUCCGUUGUUGCACUUGGGAGGAGGCGAGACGGGGCUGGCUGUUCUUCCCGCCUCUGCGGGGAGUUCAGAGGUCAGCGCGGGGAGCGAGAUGACGUCGGUACAAGUGCCUUACGAGGUGAUGUGCAGGCGGGAUAGAGAGUACGAGAAAGACGGAGAGGUUCUCUCCGUAGCUGUAAAUUUCCUGUUCCGAGACUACUACGCUACAAUUGUCUGCCUUCUUUCCUUUUCAAAAAAAGGGAAGAGACCAGUGACUUAUUGCGAACUUGUGGAGGGUGAAGCCUCGAAUGGAGCUUGUUUUAUGCUGUUGCAGAUGAUGGAGAGAGUUCACUGUCACAGCCAGGAUUUGGAAUCCCCUUAUUGUGCAAGAUAACGAAAGUGUCAACAGUUUAAAUUUUCAGUAAGGCUUUGUCCUGCCUUGGUUUUGCACCUGAUGACGUAACUCUUUUUAUUUUUAGGUUGGCAGGGAUAAACUGAACAUACAUGGAGGUGCCAAACCAAGACUGUAGAAAGACUUAUUGUAGGUGUUUUUAACUUCUUAAAGUACCUGCUACAGCCUGUAUUGUCUUUGUGUCCCUGAUGUUUCCUACACGUUAAUGUGGCCCUAAAUUGGACUGUAAGAGUUGGAUUGUGGAUGUGCCAUGGGGAGGGGGAUAGCCCUGCACUGCCAAGGACCAGGGUGUGUUGUAGUUCUGUACUAGGCCUUACAUCUGGUCAGAACAACAUGCCAAAAUGAUUUUCUUGGUUAACCUUGCUUAACCUUCUCCCUGCUGCCCAAACCUUCAAUUUUUGGUUUAAGUUUGGUACAGAAAGGGUACCGCAGUUUUAUGCUGCCUUUACUUAGAAGAAUGUGCAACUGGUGUCCAUAGUAUGCAGGCAUCACCAGUUAAUGCUAGAAGUCCACUGUGGCCAGGACUAAGGCACCACGUUUCGAGGCACAAAUGGAGUUUGGGUUAAAUAUCACAUGGGAGGUUGGUAUCAGAUAAACCCUCCCAAUGCCAUGGGACCUCUAUAUACUCUAGUUCCAACUGGCCUUGGCAUGGUGAGGGUAAGUCCAGGAAUGGAGAACGGGGAAUGUGAGGGUGUUUCAGUAUACCUGUGUUGAUGUGUGUUGCAGCAGUGCAGUGUCAUGUGUCACUUCUCUGUGAACAGUAAACCUGCCACAGGGCACCUGGUGGUGUCCCAGCUAACAAGUCCAGACUGAAAACUACCCCAUAUUGGAUACUACUAUUGAUGCACUUCUCAAUGUAGGGCCUAAAGGAUUGGGUAUGCAUGUAGUGGGGGGGGGUCUGUUCACUUUACAUGUUAAGCUUAAGCAUUUUUAAAGAUUCUUCCAUGAUUUAAAAAAAAUGGCAGCUUUACAAUAUAUGUGGUAAUCAGUUUAUUGAGCAGCCUCUCUGCAGAUAAUGGUUUUGAUGUUAUCCCAAGUUAACAUUAAGCAGAACUGGGAGGUUAGAUGUGGAAAUGAAAUGAUUUGGCAUUCCUGCAUUGAAGUUGUAAAGUUAAAAAAAAGGUCUAGGGGGGCCCUGUGGUAAGGUUUACUGGUGCUAUAAUUAUGUAAAAUGUAAACCACCCCCUAUUGUCAAACAUUUCCCCCGGUUUUACUACGUGAAGGCUUUCCAGCUUGUAUUUUGCCCAAAUUGAAUUUGCCCAGUGUAAUUGAAUGGUUACACACCCCUUUGUUCUGACAACUCUAACCUUAUAUUGGAUUGUAUUAACAUAGGGGUGUCUUCGAAAUGUACUCAAGUCUGUAUUACAGUAGAAAACAUGGGUAAAAGCACAGUAGUUGGAAGAGAUCUUGCCAAAGGCAAACAGUGCUGAUUUUGUUUUCCAGUUCCAUUUGCUGAUGGAAACAGUAAACAUUGGAAUAUGCUGUACAUAUGAAUGUUAAAUAUUUUUUUAUUGUAACCCUGAUUUGAACCAUUUUGAUGAAAGUUGAGGCUGCACCAGUUCAAGCCGUUGGCUCUGAAAACUUUUUAAAGUGACAUGAUAACACACACUGUAGCUUAAAGUAAACUAAGUUACACUUACAUAGCAUCAGGAACUCCAGGCUUAUAAUUCAGGGACUUAUUCCAUGAAACAGGAUUUUAUUGGGUGCUAAUUGUUGCUAAUACAAGUUGCCUCUAGAUGCUUGCAUUUUAACCUGCUCCCUGCCAAAGUAACCUUUUGCCACUAAAAUUGUAUUUGUUACAGGAUUGAUUAGCAGGGAGAAGGUUAAUUCAGAGAACCAAGGGCGUGAACUAGUGUGUCCUCAAAUGACCUUGUGGCCCAAUACAAGCUGGCUGAUUUUAGGAGACACAUAGAGUUCUGUUAAGCUCCCACAUACCACAUGUAGAGCUGAGGUAUCAACUGCCCUUGGAGGUUUAGUGUAAGGUCCCUGUCUGGUAUGUACCCACACAAAGGGUUCUUUCUUUUUUGUUUUGAGAAGGAAAAAAGGAAAUAAAAAGGGAAUGAAUUCCUCUCAA